AUGCCUCUGAGCACUUUCAGCUGUGAGGGCAUUAUAAGUGUGUGCGACCCCUCAAAAGCAGGUUUUGACAAGUGUACUCAAUUUUUCCAUUAUGCAGCCGAACACUUGGGAAAGUUACCAACAGAUGGCGCAAUAGGAAAAAUUCAGCAAACUAUUGUCUCUGAUCCAAAGCUGAGGACUCCGUCAUCAACAAGUAAUGAAUUCACAAAGAACUCUGAUCCAAAGCUGAGGACUCUGUCAUCAACAAAUGGUGAAUUCACCAAUAACUCUGAUCCAAAGCUGAGGACUCUGUCAUCAACAAAUGGUGAAUUCACCAAGAACUCUGAUCCAAAGCUGAGGACUCUGUCAUCAACAAAUGGUGAAUUCACAAAGAAUUCUGAUCCAAAGCUGAGGACUCCGUCAUCAACAAAUGGUGAAUUCACAGAGAAAUCUGUUCCAAAGCUGAGGACUCCGUCAUCAACAAAUGGUGAAUUCACAAAGAAUUCUGAUCCAAAGCUGAGGACUCCGUCAUCAACAAAUGGUGAAUUCAUAGAGAAAUCUAGUUCCAAAGCUGAGGACUCCGUCAUCAACAAAUGGUGA